AAUUUAUUGAUCCAAAUGCCGUAGGACAACUUCAUACUUUUCAGUUUGCUAGUUGGUAUUUUUUAUUUUAUUUUACCAUGAAAAAAUCACUAAUAAUAACCGUUUCAGUUGCUGCUGCUGUUGUUGCAGCAACGGGGCUUGCAGUGUUGAUCUGGUGGUUAGUCACAAACAGUGAAGUUACCGGAGACCGAUAUGAAACCAUAGUGUUGGAAGGAAACGGUUUUGGAGAUAUCCGUCAUCAGGCAGCGUUUACUAGAAUCGCAGGAAGCGGUGACAUCUUCUGGUGGUUCUACCCUACAUUAGCCGAGGAUCCUACGUUGAAACCGAUUGUACUCUGGUUGGAUGGAGUCACUGGACUACCUCCCAGUCUUUUAGCAAAUUUUGGAAUGUUUGGACCCUUCGACUUCAAUUUAAACCGCAGAAACAACUCCUGGAUCGACGAAUUCAAUCUUCUAUUCAUGGAUGGACCGAUAGGAUCUGGAUUUAGUACUGUCGCAGAUAAUGGUGAAAUACCGAAAACUAUUGAUACCAACACAAAUCAUUUGAUCUUGGCUUUAAGAUCAUUCUAUGAACAGAACCGAGAAUUGUAUCAAGCUCCCCUAUAUAUUAUUGGUCAAGGAUAUGGAGGGCAAAUGGCUGUUUCGCUUGCGCUGGGACUCUAUAAUGCACGAGACUUCUCUCCAAACUUAAAGGGACUUAUUUUGGGCAAUGCAAUCAUUUCUCCAGCUCUAGUUAUGACUAAGUUGGGGUUUUAUUUAGAAGAGUUAGCUUAUAUUGAUAAUAAAGGGCGGGAAGCUAUUGAGAAUCUCUCUAAUGAAAUCAAUGAAUCAAUUAAUCAAGGAUCACUAGAAGCAGCUUAUAACAGUUUUCUAACUUUAGACAAAUUCGUUAAUGAAAAUGCUGGUGCUGUUGCAGUUAACUUAAAUUAUAUAGUGGAAAAGCUUACACAAGAUAACAGUACAGAUGAUUUUGGACAAACUAGGACAUUGAGAGGUGUAACUGGUUACAGUUCAAGUUUUAAGCAUUUUAUGGACCAAACUGUGGCUCCAGCCUUAGGCAUAGCAAACCCGGAUUUCGACGGGCGUCGCCAAGCUGUAGUUCAAAAUUUUAAAAACACUUAUAUGAUUCCAGCAACAAGCAAAGUGGAGGCGGUUCUCGAUAGUAUGAAUAUUACAGUGAUGAUUUACAACGGCAACUUGGAUGCAGUCUCUAACACUCCCGGUCAACUGCAAUGGGUCAACAAUCUUCAGUGGUCAGGCCAAACACAAUUCUUAAACAGUCCACGACAACCACUUAUUGUUAACAAUUACCUUGAAGGAUAUUUUCGUCAAACACGCCAGCUAAGCUUUUAUUGGAUCAACGUCGCUGGACUAUCGGCACCUUUGGAUAAUGCCGCAGCGGUAAAAAGAGCAUUACAAGACAUCUUGCGUUUAUAAGUACGUACAAAUGGUGUAAAACAUUGAAUACAAAGUAUAAACUUUUAUUACAAUAAUAUUUUUAUUUCAUUAUUGGCGUUAACAUCUUUCCUCUCC